UUAAAUUGAACAUCGACCUUAAAAUCGGCUCAGUCUCAGCUGAUAGACACUUGGAAUUGGCUGGUUUUCGCCCGUGAAUCAGAGCCAAAAUGUUGCCGAAAGCAAGGAUUUCCUCACUUAUGAGGGCAGUUUCCAGUGGAUCAUGCAGCUGUCCGGCACAUUCCAGACCUUCGACCGGCGCUGCGAUGGGAUGCCAGACAGCCAACGAAUAUGCUUUUGAGAUGUCCUCCUCAACCAUUAGGUACGGUCCAGGAGUUACCAGAGAAGUAGGACACGAUCUUCGAAACCUUAACGUCAAAAAAGUAUGCGUCGUGACGGACAAAACUGUGGCGAAACUACCCUCGGUGAAGGCGGCGUUCGAUGCCUUGGCACGUUGCGGAAUUCAAUACGAAGUGUACGACGAGACACGCGUUGAGCCCACCGAUGGAAGUUUGAUCCACGCGGCAGAGUACGCACGAAGGUUCGAUUUCGACGCGUUUGUCGCCAUCGGGGGUGGAUCUGCGAUAGACACAUGCAAAGCUGCCAACCUGUUCAGCGCUGAUCGAGAUGCCGAGUUUCUGGAUUACGUGAAUGCGCCAAUUGGAAAAGCUAAGGAGGUCACCGUCAAGCUGAAGCCACUUAUUGCUAUCCCAACGACGGCCGGCACAGGUUCCGAAACGACGGGGGUUGCCAUUUUCGAUUACAAAUCACUUCACGCUAAAACGGGGAUUUCGAGCAAACACUUGAGACCACAGCUUGGUUUGGUGGACCCACUUCAUACGUUGUCCCAACCGGAGAAGGUGGCAGCUUACUGUGGCUUUGAUGUGUUUUGCCAUGCGUUGGAAAGCUUCACAGCGAUUCAUUACGAGAAACGUGGCCCGGCUCCACAGGAUCCCAAGCAUCGACCCCCUUACCAGGGAAGCAAUCCAAUAUCGGACGUGUGGGCUCGCUAUGCACUCAAAGUGAUCAGGGAAAACUUCAAGUCGGCUGUGUUUCAGCCGGACAAUUUGAAGGCGCGAUCCCAAAUGCAUCUGGCUUCCACGAUGGCCGGGGUGGGAUUCGGGAACGCUGGUGUUCAUCUUUGUCACGGCUUGUCCUAUCCGAUUUCUGGAAAUGUGCGAAAGUUUGUGCCGCGUGGCUAUGAUGACGAUCAUCCUAUAAUUCCUCAUGGGUUGUCGGUGGUUAUGACGGCCCCAGCUGUGUUCCAAUUCACGGGAGCGUUUUGCCCGGAGCGGCACAUGGAAGCGGCGGAAAUUCUCGGAGCCGAUGUUUCCAAAGCAAAAUUAGCCGAUGCCGGAUCCAUUUUAGCAGAUGUUGUGAGGAAGUAUAUGUACGAACUGAACAUUGAGGACGGACUGACCUCGCUUGGGUUCAAUAGCGCAGACAUUCCCGAACUAGUGAAAGGAACAUUGCCACAGGAGAGAAUUACUAAGCUGGCACCACGACCACAAACCGAGGAAGAUUUAGCAGGACUGUUCGAAACAUCAAUGACUGUGUACUGAUGGUUUUUAUGUUAAUUUUACUCAUGCCAUAAUAAUGUGUUUUCAGUAUAUCAAAUGCCUCUAGCAAUACUCAAUCAAGUAAAUAUAUUUUUAUUGGAU